AUUAGUACUGUAUUURCUUUUGGCUUCGUAUAAGAGAUAGACUUUUUCUCCUAUAAGUCAUAAAUUAAAAAAAAUAUUUUUAGAGAAAUCUUUUUUUGUCGACAAACACAAUAUGAUUGACAAAAACAUUGUCUUAUUGUUGUUGUCUAUUGUGGUAUGUCUUCAACGGUACGCAUCUGCCGUUCCCAUUGAAGACGAGGAACAGCUCCGAAAGUAUAUGCAUAUGUUUCGAGUGGCCAAACGCGAGGCACCUGAAAAUGCUACUGAAAUACCGGUUGCAUCAACGACUUACGAUUGGGGCCAAUGGACUAGUAGGCAUCCGUCCCGUACAACAUAUGACUGGGGACAGUGGACAAGUACUAAACAGCAGCCGACGGGCACAGAGAGUACGACAGGAUCGCCAACUGAUGUAACAGAAGUACCAACUGUUGAGCCAACAACUGAAAGUCAUCAGUACCGGUGCGCCGCUGGAAAGUAUGGCUGUAAGGGAACUAUUGGUUUGUGUAUAUCACUGGACCAGAUAUGCGACCAGCAUAUAGACUGUCCUCAUGGUGAUGAUGAACAAGUUGAUCGAUGUUUUCAUGGAUUUAGACCCAUUAGACGUAGGAAACAUGUUAACAGUUUUGCGGGAACGGGAUUCAUGUUUGGUGUACGCAAUUUGGUGGUCAACAAAGGCACAAAUCUGAAAGCAUUCAACCAAUUUUCCGAUAAUGUGGUCCAAGCGGGCGAUCAGAAAAUUGCUUAAAUUAAAAUGUUUGUGUUAUGUAAUGUUUAUAAUUUGUCAUAUUUUUAUUGCAUUUUAAUAUUACAAUAAAUACU